UAGAGCCAUUUUCAAAAGAAAUCAAAAAUGGGAAGAAGUAGUUUGAGAACCUUUGUUAUGAUUGAGGUUAUUGUUUUGACAUCGUUGUUCGCCAUUGUUCCAACGUCUAUGGCACAGCUUCGACAAGAUUUUUACGCUGAUGUUUGUCCUAACGUUGAGAGCAUAGUUCGAAAUGCUGUCACAAAGAAGUUCCGACAGACGUUUGUUACUGUUCCUGCCACCCUCCGCCUCUUCUUUCACGACUGUUUUGUUCAGGGAUGUGAUGCGUCGGUGAUGAUUGGUUCGGACGGAGGUAACACAGUGGAGAAGGAUCAUCCUGAUAACCUUUCAUUAGCAGGAGAUGGAUUUGAUACGGUGAUUAAAGCAAAAGCUGCCGUUGACGCUGUGCCAGAAUGUAGAAAUAAAGUGUCGUGUGCUGAUAUUCUCGUGAUGGCUACUCGAGAUGUCAUCUCAUUGGCUCGAGGGCCAUCAUAUGCAGUGGAGCUAGGGAGAAAGGAUGGGCUUGUUUCAAGGGCUUCAGAUGUUGAAGGCAAAUUGCCGAAGCCAAGCUUUAAUCUCAAUCAGCUCAAUGCCAUGUUUGCUGCCAAUGGCCUUUCCCAGACUGACAUGAUUGCUCUCUCCGCUGCGCACACCGUCGGAUUCUCCCACUGCAGCAAAUUCGCAAACAGAAUAUACAAUUUCAGCCGUACAAAUCCAGUGGAUCCAACGCUGAACCCAACCUAUGCAAGCAGGCUUCAAGAGAUGUGCCCAAGAGACGUGGAUCCAAGGAUAGCCAUAAACAUGGACCCAAACACACCCACAAGGUUCGACAAUAUGUACUUCAAGAAUCUGCAGCAAGGAAUGGGCCUCUUCACUUCUGACCAAGUGCUCUUCAGUGACACAAGGUCGAGACCCACUGUCAAGGUUUGGGCUCAUAGUGGACAAACCUUCUACACUGCCUUCGUUACUGCCAUGACCAAGUUGGGUCGCGUAGGUGUCAAGACCGGAUCCGACGGCAACAUUCGCACUGACUGCGGUGCUUUCAACCCUUGAAGAAGCAAAUUUGAUUAUCAACCCACUUUGCAGUUCUAUUGUUAUUAAGAUUGAUUGGAAUAAAAGGAAGUUCAAAAGAGAGAGAGAGAUAGAUGGGCAUUUUUACAAAUGCUUCAAAUGAUUUCGUGUUUCUAAUUUCAUUCAAUUCGAUUUGAUUUUCAUUCUUUGAUCAACCCUACCCUGUCGUGUUGGAAGAUUUGUGUACUUUUGUAAAAAAGUAUCAACUUUGAA